UAUGUUUUCUGGGUCGAUACCUCAAGAGAUAGGGAUGCUUAAAUCUCUCACCGACUUUGCGUUGAGUUAUAAUAAUUUCUCUGGUUCAAUCCCUGCUUUCAUAGGAAACUUGACCAGCCUAUCCACUCUCUACCUUGGUCAAAAUAUGUUUUCUGGGUCGAUACCUCAAGAGAUAGGGAUGCUUAAAUCUCUCACUGACUUUGAGUUGAGUUAUAAUAAUUUCUCUGGUUCAAUCCCUGCUUUCAUAGGAAACUUGACCAGCCUAUCCACUCUCUACCUUCAUCCAAAUAUGUUUUCUGGGUCGAUACCUCAAGAGAUAGGCAUGCUUAAAUCUCUCACUGACUUGGAGUUGAGUCAAAAUAAUUUCUCUGGUUCAAUCCCUGCUUCCAUAGGAAACUUGACCAGUCUAUCCACUCUCUACCUUCAUCGAAAUAUGUUUUCGGGGUCGAUACCUCAAGAGAUAGGGAUGCUUAAAUCUCUCACUGACUUUGAGUUGAGUUAUAAUAAUUUCUCUUGUUCAAUCCCUGCUUUCAUAGGAAACUUGACCAGCCUAUCCACUCUCUACCUUGGUCAAAAUAUGUUUUCUGGGCCGAUACCUCAAGAGAUAGGGAUGCUUAAAUCUCUCACCGACUUUGAGUUGAGUUAUAAUAAUUUCUCUGGUUCAAUCCCUGCUUUCAUAGGAAACUUGACCAGCCUAUCCACUCUCUACCUUCAUCCAAAUAUGUUUUCUGGGUCGAUACCUCAAGAGAUAGGCAUGCUUAAAUCUCUCACUGACUUGGAGUUGAGUCAAAAUAAUUUCUCUGGUUCAAUCCCUGCUUCCAUAGGAAACUUGACCAGUCUAUCCACUCUCUACCUUCAUCGAAAUAUGUUUUCUGGGUCGAUACCUCAAGAGAUAGGGAUGCUUAAAUCUCUCACUGACUUGGAGUUGAGUUAUAAUAAUUUCUCUGGUUCAAUCCCCGCUUUCAUAGGAAACUUGACCAGCAUAUCCAUUCUCUACCUUGGUCAAAAUAUGUUUUCUGGGUCGAUACCUCAAGAGAUAGGCAUGCUUAAAUCUCUCACUGAUUUUGAGUUGAGUCAAAAUAAUUUCUCUGGUUGAAUCCCUGCUUCCAUAGGAA